AUGACUGUCAACCACGAGCCUGCUCACGUCAUGCCUGCCAACCAAGACCAAGAGCUGGCUCACCUCAUGCCUGCAAACCAAGAACCUGCUCACCUCAUUCCUGCAAACCAAGAGCCUGCUCACGUCAUGCCUGUCAACCACGAGCCUGCUCACGUCAUGCCUGCCAAACAAGAGCCUGCCCACGUCAUGCCUGCCAACCAAGAGCCUGCACACGUCAUGUACCAAGCGCGUGCUCACCUCAUGCCUGCCAACCAAGAGCCUGCUCACCUCAUUCCUGCAAACCAAGAGCCUGCUCACGUCAUGCCUGUCAACCAUGAGCCUGCUCACGUUAUGCCUGCCAAACAAGAGCCUGCCCACGUCAUGCCUGCCAACCAAGAGCCUGCCAACCAAGAGCCUGCACACGUCAUGCGUGCCAACCAAGAGCCUGCUCACUUCACGCCUGCCAACCAAGAGUCUUGCUCAAAGCCUGCUCACAUCAUCCUUGCCAACCAAGAGCCUGCUCACGUCAUGCCUGCCAACCAAGACCCUGCCCACGUCAUGCCUGCCAACCAAGAGCCUGCUAACGUCAUCCCUGCCAACCAAGAGCCUGCUAACAUCAUCCCUGGCAACCAAGAGCCUGCUCACGUCAUGCCUGCCAACCAAGACCCUGCCCACAUCAUGCCUGCCAACCAAGAGCCUGCGCUCACAUCAUGCUUGCCAACCAAGACCCUGCCCAUGUCAUGUCUGUCAACCAAGAGCCUGCUAACGUCAUCCCUGCCAACCAAGAGCCUGCUCACGUCAUGCCUGCCAACCAAGACCCUGCCCACACCCUGCUCAUUUAAUGCGUGCCAACAUGAGCCUGCUCACGUCAUGCUUGUCAACCAAGAGCCUUCUCACGUCAUGCCUGCCAACCAAGAGCCUGCCCAGGUCAUCCCUGCCAACCAAGAGUCUGCCAACCAAGAGCCUGCCCACGUCAUGCUUGCCAACCAAGAGCCUGCUCGCGUCAUGCUUGCCAACCAAGAGUGUGCUCACAUCAUGCUUGCCAACCAAGAGCCUGCACACGUCAUGCCUCCCAACCAAGAGCCUGCACACGUCAUGCCUGCCCACAUCAUGCCUGCCAACCAAGAGCCUGCUCACGUCGUGCCUGCCAGGCCAGAGCCAGCUCGGUGCCGGCCAAUCCAGACCCUGUUCAGUGCCUGCCAAGCCACAGCCUGCUCAGUGCCUGCCAAGACAGAGCCUGCUCUGUGCCCACCAUGUCAGACCCUGCUCUGUGCCUGCCAAUCCUGA